AUGACUAUUUAUUCUAAUGCUCCUGUGGAUGGUGAUAGGGCUCUAAUUAAUGUUCCUAUUUCUAUUGUUGAUAAGGAAACUUUAUUAGCCCAAUUUGCUUCUAAAGAUAAAAUGGGCGUUCAAGGGGAUUGGUUAAUUGAUUAUGGUUCAAGGAGGCAUGAAAAGGAAGCAUAUGAUAAAUAUUGCCAAUAUGCUUAUUCUCAUAGUUUUAGUGUUCGGAAAGAACAUCAUUCAUUCUGGCCAAAUUCAAUGAAAAUAAAAUCAAAGGAUUUUGUCUGUUCCAAAGCCGGAUUCAAGAAGGAGACAGAAAAAAAUAUGAAGGUCAAAUUUCGAAAAUCGACUACAAGAACUAGAUGUCCAGCUAUGGUUAGAUUUGCGGUCAGUGAAGAUGGAAUAUGGAUGGUGAAAAGAUCGGUAGAGAGUCACAAUCACGAAUUAGCUAAACCGGAUGAUCAACAUUUGUUGAGAUCAUCUAGAGGUGUAGAAAAUCUGGGAUUCACAAAAAGGGAUGCAUACAACUACAUUCAAAAGAAGAAAAGAGCCAAAAUUGAGAAUGGGGACGCCAAUUCGCUAAUCGAAUUGUUUAAAGACCGGACAGAUUCAGACAACAUGUUUGCAUGGGAUGUGCAAACUGAUGAAGAAGACAGGGUGACAUUUCUAUCUGGGGAAACAAUUGAUUCUUUUUCCUGGCUAUUUCGAACAUUUUUAAAAAUUAUGGAAAGCAAACAUCCAUUUACUAUAUUCACUGAUCAGGAUCAAGCAAUGGCUCGGGCGAUAGAAAUUGUAUUACCUAAUACACGGCAUAGUUGCUUCAGCAAGUUUAAUUCUGAGGAGGAAUUUGAUAGUUUGUGGAAUGAAAUGAUCAGAGAAGGGAACCUUCAGGGUCAUCAGUGGUUAAAAGAUCUCACAGAAGUACAGGGUAAUGAGGAUGCAGAACAAUGUAUGAUCGAUUCUAUGAGUGCAAUGGCUUUAAAUGUUCAAAACAUUAUGGAAGGGAAAAAAAUAAACGCAUACUUGAGGGGAGCCACAAAACAAUUAAAGAUCCUGCAAAGUGCCGGCCAAAGGGAAUCUCUAAUGCUAGAUUAA